AUGUUUGGUGAAAAAAUUGAAGAAUAUGAAUUAUUGGAACAUUUAGGUAAAGGUGGUUUUGCACAUGUGUAUCGAGCAAGAUGUCGCAAAACAGGUUUGUUUGUUGCUAUCAAAAUGAUAGACAAGGCUCUCAUGGCGAGUGCUGGUAUGAUAGGUCGUGUAAGACAAGAGGUCACAAUUCACUCUCGCUUAAAACACCCUGCAAUCCUUGAAUUAUAUACAUUUUUUGAAGAUGCACAUUAUGUUUACCUAAUUUUAGAAUUAGCACACAAUGGAGAAUUAGCUAAGCAUUUUAAACUGGGAACUCGUGGUCUUUCCGAAAAGGCGGCUGCUGAUAUUUUUAGACAAGUUUUGAGUGGAGUUAUGUAUUUACAUACUCAUAAUAUUAUCCACAGAGAUCUUUCAUUAAAUAAUUUACUGUUGACAAAAGAUUUGAAUGUGAAAAUUGCUGAUUUUGGUUUAGCUACACAACUAAAUGGGCCUGAUGAAAAACAUGUCACAAUGUGUGGUACACCUAAUUAUAUAUCCCCAGAGGUGGCCUCGAGAGAAUUCCACGGACUACCUGCCGAUGUUUGGGGAUUAGGAUGUAUGCUAUACACUUUGUUGGUGGGAAGUCCUCCCUUUCAUACUCAACAUGUCAAAACUACACUUAAUAAAGUUAUAAACGCUGAUUACAAGAUCCCUUCUGAAUUAUCUAUACAUGCCCAAGAUUUGUUGCAAAAACUAUUAUGUAAAGAUCCCACCAAAAGAAUCACACUGAAGGGUAUAAUGGAACAUCCGUUUUUAAACAAUGUUUUGAAUGGCACAACCAAACAGGACCUGUCAAGGGACUCUGGCUUUCUGACAACAAUGCAUAGCACACAGCACAGUGCGAAAACAAGAGCUGAGGAUACUGCAUCUGAACAUAGAGGCAUACAUGGAGAAAAUAUUGGUGGUUAUGUAACAAGAGAACAGAUAGAGAUGAAUCAGUUCAAGAUAUUUUCUGAGAAACAAAAUGAUCAAUCAUUACUAUCUGCUGUUAGUAAUAAGUGCAAUAACAGGCAUUGUUCUAGUGGAGGUGGUUCAAUUGAAUUGCAUGAUAUUAGAGAAAAUACUAGAAAUAAGCAAUAUUCUAUACCAAAGUUGAAUAGUGCUUGUAACAGUACUUCAAGCCUUGCUGAUAAUAUAAAACAUUUAAAUCUUAAAUGUCAUAUACAAGGUACGUCACAACAUUUUGAUGAUGAUGGCAAUAAGGAAAAUAUUUCAAAACCAUGUGUGAUUAAUGGCAACACUUUAAAUAUUCCACCUUUAUGCUCUGAAAGAUUACCAACAAUUUCACAUAGAACUCGAAAUGCUAUUUUAAAAAUUGAACCCUCCGGUGUAAGUGUAGAAUUUAUUAAGAAAAAAGGUAAGAACAGAGAAGAAAAAGUUGUAGAAAUUUGUAAAAUAUCUAAAGAUGGUAUGAAAAUUAUAAUUUAUUCUGUUGACAAAGAUAAAGCUAAUCCAAACACAGAACAUAAUCCUACACCUGAUGAAGUGUUUUCAUAUCAUAAUUUGCCACAGAAACAUUGGAAAAAAUACUUAUAUGCAUCACGUUUUGUAGACCUUGUAAAAGCUAAAACACCAAAAAUCACUUUAUAUUCUCCGAUGGCCAAAUGUCAAUUAAUGGAGAAUGGUACUGACAUUGAUUUAUUUUUUUAUUCUGGUGAAAAAGUUACAUUUACUUCUACUGAAGGCAUGAAAGUCAUUGAUAAGAAUUUAAAAACUCACCACAAUCUAUCUGCAGUACCAGAGCUAAAACAUCUUACAGAUCAUUUUGAAGAGUGCUCUAACCGCAUAAAACGUAUACAGUCAGCCCUCUCGUGUAUUCCAGAUGAAUGCUUUCCACUAAUCAUUGGUAAAAGGCCUGUUCAAAAUUUAAACAUGGCUACAUGUGUAUCGGAAUCUGCAAGUAAAUCUUAUAACACUCCAGCUUUUAACAUUGGUUCUUUCCACCGAACAACAGCCAGUUCUAGUCAAACAAAAAGUAUAGAUUUUUCAUAA